AUGGAGUCGAAAGCCCUUGCUCGCCGUUCGAAUGAUACCGAAUUGAUGCCACCUCCUCCCAAGCGCAUAAAACGCCCAAAGAACGUUAUCGACGAAGAAUCAUAUACGGAAGCUAUUUCUGAAAUCAUUGCGCGGGACUUCUUUCCUGGUCUGCUGGAAACAGAGACCCAGCAGGAAUACCUAGAUGCCCUUGACUCUCAAGAUAGGGGAUGGAUCUCAAGUGCGAGCCGGCGACUGGAGCAGGUAAUGACUCCAGGAAGAAAUAAAGGGAGGCGGGGAACUUCUAUUCAGACACCAUCGCGAGCUUUUGAUACACCUAGAAGCUAUGCGGGAGAAACCCCUGCAUCCGUUACUUCGGAAGUCUCUUCGGAAAUGUCAACUACUUCACAAGCACCAGCAGGCCCAGUAGUGAAUACGAACAUGAGUUUAGACAGGUUUCAAACACUCUACACGAGCGAGGAUAAUGAGAGUUUCUACAAGCUUCUGGAUAAGCAAAAUCAAAAGCGAGCGGAGAAGUAUGCUUGGAUGUGGUCUGCCGACAACAAACUGCCAUCAAAGAUGAUGUUAAAGCAGAAGGAGAUCGAGGUGAACCUAUUGAAGUCACGGGGUUCACUAGUUGAUGAUGGAGGUGAGAGAGAUAGGCUGGCUAUUCGAGACGCAAUAGAAAAGCCAGCGAGGGUGGAUCAAUGGAAGUCGAAACCAAAUAAUGUGCUUAUGUUUGCACCUGACAGCGUGGAAGACUCAGUUCAGACAGUAGCUCAGAGGUCCCAAGAGGAGUCGAGAGCUGCGCCUAAAGGAGUCGCUUACGCGAAUACUCGGAUGCCAGCACCAGAAAACCCGGCAGGAGAGUUGACAAGACCGCCAUCACCUUCUUUAUCGGCAGUGAGGGACGCUAUAGCUGGACGCAGGCGUGCCAGUGACUUGGAAUCUGAGUUUGAUGGGAGCGAGACACCUCGUGUCAACGGAUAUUCAUUUGUGGACGAUGAACCUGAAGUUGAGUCAUAUCCACCGGCUCCGAUUAUUGAUCUUGGGAAGGGCGAAGCAGUCAAGAAUCCAUUUGUGAUCAAGGAGCAGAGCAAAAGGGAAGAUCUGCACCACAAAAUGGUGGACACAAAUUCGAGGACGAAACGGACAUCCGUAAAGAAUGGAAUUACUGGCAAGGUUGAUAUGACACCAGUUCCAAAGUUUCCCAGUAGUCCAAGGGUGGGCUCAGGUCAAUUGACGCCGGCAGCACAGAGACUUUGGACUAGAGUUGGAAAUGCAGGUACUCGUGGCACGCCUGAUACUUUCGGAAUUCAAACGCCUCGUACCGUCAAGCCAAGGUCAGGGUUGCGAGCACGGUGGACACCAUCGGAAUAG